CCCAGGAGGUAUUACGUCUCCCAUGUUGCGACUUGAGGAGAUGAUCUGCGGCCGCCCUUUGGUGAGCCGCCCCAAUGAAGCCAGCAUCCAAUUUUGACCACCUCGAAGUUAAAUCCUCGAAAAUACACAAACCUCCCCCCCGGGCAUCGUCGCGCGUCUGUGAUCAUUUUCGGUUCUCUGCUCGUCUCUUUUAUUUAAUUCCUAACUUAAUCGUUAUUUUGGCUAGUUCCAUUCAUCAUCGUCAUCAUUGUCGCUUUGUUUCAUAUCUCCUGUUUCCGCUCGCUGGAUCCCUGCCCAUUGAAGUUUUGACCAUGUCAUCGAAGGUGAAGCCAACGGCCAGAUAACGACUACGAGAAGGACAUCAGAGACGGGUCUCAUCGAGGAGCACCUCGUCUGUGCUCCGAGUACUUUUUGCGUGUGUUAUUUUCUCCCAGCUGUUAAGCCCUUUCGCAGGCCACCAUGGCCGUACGAUCGCUACGGCGUACGAAUCCCAUCACAUUCGUCCUAGCUUGUGCCCUCGCUAUCGGUUUCCUCAUUUUCAUUUUCUCCCCGAACUCGAGAACGGUUACCGCCGCUCAGAGACAGAAAGAUGCUGCCCAGAAUCCUCUUUCCCCGCCGACGAAGCCUUUCUUCAAGACGCAGCUAUUCAAGGCCAAUGGCCGACGCGUCCCUCCACCGGUGGUCAACUACAACUUGAACAAUGUAACUACGACGGUGAACUCCGCAGAGAGACACGAACGAGUGCUGAUACUCACUCCGCUGGCUCGGUUUUACCCCCAGUACUGGGAGAAUCUGGAGAAGCUGACGUAUCCGCAUCAAUACAUUUCGCUGGGGUUUAUCAUCCCGAAGACAAGAGAAGGGAACGCUGCCACCUCUGCGCUGCAGAAGGCUAUCACGAAGACGCAGUCCGGUCCCGUGGAUGAUAGAUUCGCCAGCAUCACAAUCCUACGGCAAGAUUUCGACCCGCCAAUCGCGUCGCAGGAUGAGAAGGAACGGCACAAGUUCUCCAAUCAAAAGAUCCGUCGGGAGGCAAUGGCACGGGCAAGAAAUAGUUUGCUGUUCACCACGUUGGGUCCCAGUACCUCCUGGGUUCUAUGGAUAGACGCCGACAUCAUCGAGACCCCGCCGACUCUCAUUCAGGAUCUCACAAGGCACAACAAGCCUGUCCUCGUCCCGAACUGCUAUCAACGCUACAUGAACACAGAGAAGAAGAAAAUGGAUAUCCGUCCUUAUGAUUACAACUCCUGGCUUGAUACUGAUAGCUCGUUGGCUCUCGCGAACCGCAUGGGCCCUGAUGAGAUCAUCCUAGAAGGUUACGCGGAAAUGCCGACGUACAGGACACUGAUGGCCCAUUUGGCGGACCGAAGUCCAAACCGUGAUACUGAGCGGACUAUGGAACUACACGGCGUGGGAGGUACCGUAUUGUUAGUGAAGGCCGAAGUUCAUCGAGAUGGGGCUAUGUUCCCUGCCUUCCCAUUCUACCAUCUGGUUGAAACAGAGGGCUUUGCAAAGAUGGCGAGGAGACUGGGAUGGAAGUGUUACGGCUUACCGAACUAUUUUGUAUACCAUUAUAAUGAGUGACAGCAUCACUUCCUUCUUCUUACUCUCUAUUUGCUCUUUUAAUGACCGACUCAUCGACCAGCCGCGUCCACGGAAUUAUUUUCCUUCUCGUUUGCUCCAUGUCAAGCAUAUGUUGAGCAAGGUUUACGCACCAUCAAUGUUUUUGAAUCCUUUAGGGAUCUUGAUGCUUCACUUUCAUCCUCUUCCCUGUAUAUCUAAAUAUGUGAGCCUGCCCAUUACCUUUUGCCCUGUUUUGAAUCAUGUCUAUUCCACUUCUUCCCGGAUACUUUUACUUUGUUCUGGCGAGUUUGAUACUGGCGUUAUUACAUAGAUCUAAAGAAAGGUAUUAAGAAAGAAGACGAACUUCAUUUUGG